AUGGCCCCAAAGAAGAGAAUCGCCAUUAUAGGCGCGGGUGCUGCUGGCAUGUCAUGCGCUUCUACUCUAGCUAAACAUCCGGAAUUUGCAGUCACUCUUAUCGACACAGCGGGCUAUACUGGCGGACAAGCGACUUCUAUUGAUAUAGACGAAUCGACACAUGGCGCCAGUUGGUUGAAUGAUGGCGUUCAAGGAGGUUCGCAGAUUUUCCGGCAUACGUUUCAAUUCUUUCGUCGCUAUGGCUAUGAGCCUCAGCCGGUGAAGCUUCAAGUGGCUUUCGGAAAGGGCAAAGACUUUUGGACCAAUGUCUUUCCGAGUCCUUUGGUCGACCAACAUUCAUCGGAGAUCAAGAAGCUUUCGCGAGUUUUAUCUUGCAUCAAAUAUUUCAUGCCCAUUCUUGGGAUUAUGCCAGUCAAGAUAAUUCUACGACUAUUUCGCUUCAGCUCUGACUUUAGCAACAAGAUGGUCUUGCCUCUUCUGGCUUUGUUCUUGGGCACGGGGAACCAAACCCCUAAUGUGUCGAGUGUUCUGCUGGAACGUCUCUUCAACGACCCCCAGAUGAAGCUCUGGGAAUAUGAUCCUGACACACUCUUGCCCAAUCUCCCUACCAUGUACACAUUCCCAAACUUAAGCAACUUCUAUCGCGACUGGACGUCGGAUCUGCGCGCUAAGGGUGUUCAAAUCCGGCUUAAUUGUCACCCAGGCAUCAUCGAGCGUGGAAAGAGAGGAGUCAUGCUGCAACUGCAAGAUUAUGAUGAUGGUCAAGCAAAAGGGGAUCCGUCGAUUGAAAAUUUCGACGACUUAGUCAUGUGUUGCCCUGCAGAUGAAGCAAAGAGAAUACUGGAUCACCAUGCUACGUGGCGUGAGAAAUAUGUUUUGGGUGGCGUCAAGUUCUACAACGACAUCACUAUAACCCACUCGGACUCGACAUACUUCCAAAAGAUCUUUGAGAUGCAAUAUGAUCCCGAGUUAUCAGCGAAGCCCUCUUCUGAAACACGAAAAAAGCAAAUCGCAUUUGCCGAGCAGGAGCCCCUGAGCCAAAAGGAUGGUUGGCUAGGAUUCCGCCCGAUGUACUUCACACGCUCCUACGCAUCUGACCCUGGUAAGAUAGAAAUGGGGUUCAACUGCAGCCAUUACCAACACCAAUUUCGUGAUAAUCUGGGUGAGAACAAACCGCCACUCCCGCAAGACCGGCAUGUGUUUCAGACAAUAUUCUUGAAUGACCAAGAAAAGGAUCUCUGGACAUGGAACGACAUUGAUCCGUCAAAAAUUAUAUCUCGCAAAUGGUGGCACCAAUUUGGUCAUCGGUGGCAACACUACCUUCGAGUUGUUCUAGGAAUGAUGUUCAUUAAUGGCACCAACCGAACAUUGUACGCUGGAAGUUGGACUAUGGUGAAUAUGCACGAGAUUGCAUGCAUCUCUGGAAUUGCUGCAGCUUAUCAGCUUGGCGCUAUUUAUGAACCGUUCGAUGACUUUGCCGAGGAUUUCUUCGCUAAGUAUUUAUCAGAAACAAUCAGCAACCAACGAGUAAUUUACGCGACUUAUCUGAGUGCGCCCACCGAAACCAAAGAUCACUUCAUCUCCAAAUUCCACAACACCAGCGAUCCAUAUUUCGACGCAGCUCGAAUCCUCACAUACCAGCUCCUUCACGCACCGGAAACACGAACUAGGUUAAACAUCCCAUUCGUGGUCUUUGUUCAUCAAAAUGUCAAUAAGGAAAAGAGAGACCGUCUGCAAUCCGACAGCGCACAAGUAAUCGAGUGGUCUGAUUUCCGAGUGGACUGGGUUCGAUCGACGGAAUCCCGAUGGGCCGAUGCCUUGACCAAGCUGCGGCUGUGGGAGAUGGUCCAGUAUGACCUGAUUCUCAGACAUAAUCACUCAUCGCACCCGUCCCGUGUCCCGGAGGACUUCUGGGACUGGGAUACCUUGAAUACUGGCUUCAUGAUCUUGCAACCAUCACUUAAGAUGUUCCACUACUUUGAGGCCUUACUGGCAGUCCGGGGUAGCUUUGAUACCAGCAUAGCCGACCAGAGUGUCUUGAACUUUGCGCUUUCUCGUAGAGGCCCUACCCCGUGGACUGCGGUGGACUUCUCGUGGAAUAUUCAGUGGCCAUGGCCGGAGGAUAUUGAAACAGGCCAUGCUGUUCUUCAUGAAAAGUGGUGGGACCCUACGCACUGGGAAUCUAGGGACUAUUUGCUCUCUUGGUACUGGCAAAUGAUUGGAAUCAAAACCUUCACACAAAGCGAUCUUCUCAAGCAGCCCUUCCUGCGUGAGCUCCGAGACGUCAUCAACAUCAGCUACUAUGAUACCGGCCCUACUUCUUUCAAAAAAAGCGGAGCCCGGCUCAUGAGCGACACCCAACUUGUCGAUGAACUCCAGGAAUCUGGCGUCAUUGCAAUCGCAUUCGCUGAAGGUGCGAUCAUUGGCACUGCAAGCUUCAAAACCUGGUCGUCGGAAUCCCAAGGCACCCCGUGGAAGUUGCCGGGCCAUUUUGAACAGUUCAGUGAGGAUGAGAUCUUCUCCGCGAGCCAUACGGUGCUGGAUAGCCUUCAUGAUGAAUCUCAAAAUACGCCCUGCGAUGGGGAUUUCGAACUUGUAGCUGUUGCGAUUAAGCCGGAUCCUCAGUAUAGGAGGAAAGGCAUUGUGGAAACCUUGACUAAGGCGUGUGAAGAGGAAUUGAAUAGGAGAAUGUCUCCUGAGCGGCACACUGGAUUGUCCCAAUCGCGCAUUAUGCUCAAGUGCGUUCGCGAGGUCCGGGGUGAUUAUUGGCUGAAAAGGGGAUUCCACGUCGUGGGGGAGCAAUAUUGUCUUCCUUUGACCUGGGGUUACAACAAAGGGUUUGUUCUUUGGGCUAUGGAGAGAAAGUUAUCUGUUUGA